AUCAGCUGAAAUCUGCAGUUGUAUUGGACAGAAGCCUUUUAAGUGAACUUGUGGAUCUUUUCCAAAGUGACUGCUAAUUUAAAGGAGUCCGAAGCGAAAAUCACAAAUCUAAACAGAUGUCUGACUCCGGUGAAGCUGCUGUAAUCAGACCCUCACUGAGUGAGGCCCAGGUGGUGGAGUUGGUCGGACGGUUGUACGGUCUGAAGGUUUCAAAAGUCAAACCACUGCCCAGUUACAUGGACCAGAACUUCCACAUCCUGGUGUGCGAGACCCAGGAAGGUGGAGAUCACGGGGAGAGCUACGUCCUCAAGGUUCUGAACACUGCCGACAGCCAAGACGCUGAUUUGGUGGAAGUACAAACGCGAGUCAUGAUGUUCCUAAACCAGAAAGGUUUUCCUACAGCCACACCAAUCACAACCAUUGAUGGCAAGAUUAUGUCCCUGGAGACAAUCAAGCAGGGUAGUGACUACAAACAGUUCAUGAUCAGACUGCUGACGUACUUGCCCGGAGUACCCAUGGCAAAGUUCACCUUGGAUCAUCAGAUUUGCUACAAAUUGGGCAGAACCAUUGCCCAAAUGGACAAGGCACUGCAUGAGGAAUUCUAUCACCCAACUGUGAAGAGUCUGCAUCGAGAUGGGUUUAUGUGGAACCUUUCAAACACGCACUUGCUGGAAAGGCACCUGCAUGAAAUGGAGGAGGGUGAACUGCUCUCAAUAAUAGAGCAAGUUAUCCAACAGUUCAAGGAAAAGAUCCGUCCCAACCUGGACAAGUUUCAUAAAGGCUUAAUUUACGGUGACUGCAAUGAGUACAACAUUCUGCUGGAGCCCUUGGAUUCACCAACUGAGCAAGCAGUAGAGAGAACAGGAAAGAGCUGUCCGAGAUCAGCAUUACGGAUUUCGGGCAUCCUGGACUUUGGGGACAUGAGCUUCGGGUGUUUUGUGCAAGAUCUGGCGAUAAUCGUCAUGUAUCUCACCAUCAUAAGCCAGGAUCCGGUUGGCGUGGGUGGCCACGUGAUCGCGGGCUUUGAGAGCGUGAUCCCAUUGACGGAGGAGGAGCGGGACUCCAUCUACCUGCUGGUUUUCUGCAGGUUCUCACAGUCCAUGGUUAUGGCCAGGCACAACAUGCUCCUGGACCCAGACAACGCGGAGUACCUCAACGUCUCAAUGAAGGUGGGCAGCAAACGCCUUCACCAAUUAUGGCAAGUGGGUAAAGAGGCGGUGGAGAAGGUUUGGUUUGAUACGGCCAAGUCCUAUCUACAAUGACUAGGAUGCAGGUCAUGCCAACGCUCAAACUGUGGUCUGUGUCAGUGGUAAAUGCCGUCUGGACCUACUGAUGAAGAUCUAGGUUGAGGUUUACUAUUGUCACAUGUACUGAGGUACAGUGGAGAGUUUAGUUUUGCAUGUUACCCAAUCAAGCCAGAUAAUACUACACAUAAUUACAAUCAAAACCAAUUACAACAGGUAGAGCAAAGGAUUAGAUACACAGUGCAGAAUAUAGUUAAGAAUAACACUAGAUUUAUAAAAAUGAGAUGUAAAAGAUGUAAAAGGGUGAUAGUAGAUGCUUCUCUGGGCAGUGAGAUCUAUUUUCAUUAUAUUAUAUAUUUAGAGUCAUAGAGUGAUACAG